AUGGAGCUCGACACCCUUAUCAAGGGCACCAUCACUGGUGGCGGCGUCAUCCCACAUCCACAACCGCUCAUCAACAAGAGCACUUCUCGAUGGGCCGCAUCCUCCAUGCAUGCUUGUGUCAGCGCUAGUGCCAUCAUCUACACGGCCGCCAUCCUCGAGUACCUCACUGCCAAGGUCCUCGAGAUGGCCAGCAAUGCUAGAAGGGACCUCAAGGCGAAGAGUUUCACCCCAUGGCACCAGCAUCUUGCCAACCGCAGGAACGAGGAGCUCGACACCCUCAUCAAGGGCACCAUCGCUAGUGGCGACGUCAUCCCGCACAUCCACAAGGCACUCAGCAACAAGACUGCCAAGGAAUGA